AUGACCUGCUCUGGAUCAGAGACUUCACUCACAUCAUGUACAGUGGCAGACUAUGCAACCCUCAAUCCAACUUGUACAGCUAUUGCUGGAGCCAUGUGUGCUGAGUCUGGCACUACCUGUACUGAAUGGGAUGUGAGGCUAAUGGGUGGAUCCUCAAGUGAUGGUCGUGUGGAGGUGUGUCGUACCAACACAUGGACUACUGUUGAUUCUAUGGGAUGGGAUUAUAAUGAUGCUCAAGUUGUUUGUCGUCAGAGAGGAUUUUAUGAUGCAUGGGCAGUUGCAUUAACUAGUUCACAGUUUGGUUCUGGCAAUCGUCGGAUUGCUCACAAUAACUUCCAAUGCAGUGGAUCAGAGACUGCACUACAGAGUUGUACUAACUCUGUAUAUGCAGCUAACACAAUGAUGGAGAGCUGGUAUGCCAACAAUAGAGCUGGAGUCUCUUGUAGGAUGCAAAAUCAAGCUGAGACAUGCUCAGUAGAGGGUUCUGUGAGACUUCAAGAUGGUGCAUCUUCAAGAGAAGGAAGGGUUGAAGUGUGCCAGGGAGGAUACUGGGGCAGUGUUUGUAAUACUGGAUGGUCAAGGUUGAACUCAUUAGUGGCCUGUAGAAGUGCCGGCUUUAAAACACUACGACCUAUAACAACACAAUCAGCUUAUUCUGGGUCAGGACAAGGCCCAGUCAAUCUGGCUUAUGUUUCCUGUUUGGGAAAUGAAGCCAGCCUCUCUGACUGUCCCUAUGCCAGUGGUAUUGGUGUCACCAAUUGCUAUCAUGGCAAUGAUGUAGGUGUCAAGUGCCCAG